UUUGUUUUAAGAAUAAAAAUUAAAAAUAAAAUAGGAACGCAGAUCUUCUUCCUCCCAUCACUCAGCUUAGCUUCCUUUCCUUUACCUAUCGGCGCCGCCGCCCCUCUCCGGCAAUUCUAGCGGCGACUUUCUUCAUCCCAUCUGCUCCACCCACCGUCUUGUCGUCGUUCUGGUGUCUCUCCGUCGCAGCAUCUCACUGUUUUGGUGUAUCAAUAUAACUUCUCUCUCGCGUCCUCUCUCUCUCUCAACUUCGACCUAAACAACCACUUUGGCCUUGUUGUAUCAGAAACAACAACUUGUAUUGAAGUCACGUUCAAUUCAACUGCAACUGCCCGCCGGAAGGUGUUCAUCUUCAGCCACCACGAGAGAAAGUCGUCAGAAACAGGCUUUCCAUUCUUAUACACAUCUUUUAUUUUCGUAGGAAUGAGUCGUACCGGAGCACCAAACCACAGCACAUCGCAACGCAAUUCAGUGAUUGUGCGGUGAAGUGGUGCGCCAUUGUGAACAUAGGUUGAACAGAACAUUACUCAUAGUUAGUUUCCUUUCUUCAAUCCAAUCCAAUGCUUUGUUAAGUGAUGAUUGUUCAGAUUUUGAUUCAACGCCAUUUUCAAUAACAUCACAUGGCCGAAAUGGGUGAAGAAAAGCAACACAGUAUUCCCGCUUUGCCAUGGAUGAGAGACCCUGUCGACAUCACUCUCUCUCAACAACUUCCGCUGGAUUCUGUUCCUUCUCUCCACCCCAAGUUGAAGUCAGCGCUGGAGGACUUGGGAAUCUCAAACCUAUUCCCAGUGCAAGUCGCAGUUUGGCACGAAACGGUUGGCCCUGGCAAUUUUGAGCGAGACAUUUGUGUUAACUCACCCACUGGAAGCGGCAAAACCCUCGCCUACGCUCUCCCCUUAGUGCAGAUGCUAUCUGAUCGCAUCACUAGAUGUCUCCGCGCCUUGGUUGUGGUCCCCACUCGCGACCUUGCUUUGCAGGUCAAACAAGUCUUUGAUGCCAUUGCGUCUCCAUUAGGCCUGCGCGUUGGCUUGGCCGUUGGUCAAUCAUCCUUAGCCGACGAGAUUUUCGAGCUCGUUGAAAUGCCGGCACAUGAUAUAAGCACCUACUAUGAUCCGCAUCACGUUUCACUUCCUCGCUUUCAGAGUAAGGUCGACAUAUUGGUAGCAACCCCUGGCAGGCUUAUGGAUCACAUUAAUACUACCAAAGGCUUCACGCUUGAGCAUCUUUAUUAUCUUGUGGUUGAUGAAACAGAUCGGUUGCUUCGUGAGGCAUACCAAUCAUGGUUGCCUACUGUGCUUGAACUGAUCCAAUCUAAUGAUGACGGUUUUUUCCAACCGGCUGAUUCUUUUUUCCCCUGUUCUGUUGGUGCAUUAAGAACCAGAAGAAGAUGUGGAGUUGAGAGGGGAUUCAAGGACAAGCCUUAUCCCAGGCUGGCAAAAAUGGUUCUAUCCGCGACAUUAACUCAGGAUCCAGGCAGGAUUAUUCAGCUUAAUUUGCAUCACCCUUUAUUAUUGAAAGCUGGACAAAUGCGUUAUCGGCUCCCAGAAAAUUUGGAAUCUUUUAAACUGAUUUGUGAUAAAAAUGUGAAACCCUUGUACUUAAUUGCCCUUUUGAAAUCCCUGGGAGAAGAAAAAUGCCUAGUUUUUACAAAAUCUGUGGAUUCAACGCACCGUCUCUGCCAAUUGCUGAAUUGUUUUGAAGAUCUACAAAUUGAUAUCAAGGAGUAUUCUAGUCUUCAACAUCAACGUGUAAGAAGCAAGACAUUGAAUGAAUUUCGGAAGGGGGUGUUUCAAGUGCUUGUAUCUUCUGAUGCGUUGACUCGUGGAAUGGAUGUUGAAGGGGUAAGAAAUGUCAUUAAUUAUGAUGUGCCCAAAUACAUAAAAACUUAUGUUCAUCGAGCUGGUAGGACUGCAAGAGCAGGCCAGACUGGGCGUUGCUUCACACUGAUGUCAGAAGAUGAGGUUCGACGAUUUAAGAAGUUGAUGCGAAAGGCUGAGGGUGGUUCUUGUCUAGACCAUAACAUUUCAUCCAGUCUAAUUGAAGCACUCUAUACUUCCUACCAAUCAGCACUGACAAAAUAUAAGGUGAUAAUUUCAAAGACACAAAAGAAACCCAAGAAGUAGAAUCUUCUCAGUUGAGCAGGGAAUGAAAAAAAAAAUCAUUCAUAGGAAUAACAGCUUAUUCAUGAACACGCAAGGGAAAAGUAUCUUAGCUUCAAAACAUCAAACUAUCAAAGUAAUCCCUUGAAAUAUUCAACCAACAAUUGGAGUUCUACAUGACAGGAUAAAAUCUUCAGGGCACGAGCUCAUGUUAUUGGGGAAUACUCCUAAAGGUGUUCGCUUUCUUCUAUUUUAUCAACGGGGUAUAUGUAUGUCUGAGAUGAACAGAUCAAUGAUGAUUAAUGUUCAUCAAAAUCUAUAGGAUUAAUUUCUUCAUUUGUUAUAUUUUUUACUUUUUAGUUUUUUAGAUAUAUUUACUAGUUUGCAUGGACUUCUUAGUUUUUUUUUGGGUAUAGCAUGGACUUCUUAGUUAUUAGCUUUGUUUUAGCUAUGUGACCAUGAAAAAUAUGAAAUUAUGGAUCUGUUUGACAAAAAAUAAGCUGGGCAGUAAGAGAUAGUCCUUGCUUACUAUUUCAAUGGUGUUGUAUUCCAAUUAAAUAUGAAUUAUACGACACGACUUUAUGAAAAUUAAUGUCAAGUCCUUCAGACUGAUUAUUCAUUA